UUUAAAUUCUAGCCUAUUCUUUCACAAUGUCGACAAAUGAAACAGCAAAAUGGAUGUCGAUGAUGAUUAAUGUUGUUUUUGUGAUUACAGUAUCACAAUCCUGCGUUCGUGGAGAACCAAAAGUACCUUGUUUCUUCAUUUUUGGUGAUUCAUUGGCAGAUAAUGGCAAUAAUAACCGCCUCCGGACCCCGGCAAGAGCGAACUACGAGCCUUACGGGAUUGAUUUUCCACAGGGACCAACAGGGAGGUUUACCAAUGGCCGAACAACUGUUGAUUUUAUAGCUGAAUUUCUGGGUUUUGAAGAUCCCAUCCCUUGUUAUGCAAAUACUAAGGGGUUCAAGAACAUGGUUAGAGGUCUGAAUUAUGCAUCUGCCUCAGCAGGAGUUCGAGAUGAAACUGGCUCCCAUAUGGGAGAGAAUGUCAAUUUAAAUAAGCAAUUACUGAAUCACAAAUCCACAGUCAAGCGCAUUACUUCAAUAAUGGGACUUAAACGAUUGUCUAGGCAGCAUUUACAAAAGUGCUUAUAUUCGGUUGGACUGGGUAGCAACGAUUACCUUAUGAAUUACUUCCAGCCCAAGUUUUAUCCCACCAGUAAGCGAUACACUCCUGAACAAUAUGCUUCAGUUCUUAUUAAACAAUAUUCUAAGCAAAUGAAGACUCUGUACAAGUAUGGAGCCAGGAAGGUGGUCCUGAAUGGAGUAGGACAGGUAGGCUGCACUCCAUCUUCAAUUUCAACUACAAAUGGGUCUACAUGUGCAGAAAAUAUGAACAAUGCUGUUCAAUUUUUUAACCAAAAGCUUAAGUCUCUCGUCGAUCAGCUCAACACCGAACUGACUCAUGCAAAAUUCAUCUAUGUUGACAUGUUUGGAAUUUCCGGAAGUCCAUCAGAGAUUACAGCUGCAGGAAUCAAGGUGACGAAAGCUAACUGUUGUCCAGUAGAUGAAUUUGGCCAAUGUGUUCGUUCCAAAGGUACAUGCCAGAACAGAAGUGAGUAUGCGUUCUGGGAUUUAUUUCAUCCUACUGAAGCUUCCAAUCUCAUCAUUGCAAGAAAGUCAUACAAUUCUUCUAACUUGUCGGACACUUAUCCAGCGAAUAUUCAACACCUAGUUCAGCUUAGGCUAUAAAAAUGGGUACUCUUGAGAGUAUUAUUUACAUUGAAAAUAGUCUUCCCCAUGUACAUAUAUAAAGGUACAAAUUAAUCACCAUGUGACAUGUACAAGACCUAACUACGAAGAGUAUACUAUAAUUGUAUAUAUAAUAUAUAUGCAAUUUUGCCAAGUUGGCAUGA